GUGCACAAUGGGUACCCCCAUGCCGACGUCUCCCCAUUCCCCCCUUCACCAACCCCAUCUCCUUCGCCUCAGCCAGAUGAGAGUAGCCCGUACUCUCACAAUGUUAUCGGUAGCCACGGAUAUGGCUAUGAAGAUAAGACCGAGCACCCCGAUAGCCAACAGUCCCUCCUCUACCGGAACCAACCGAGCCCCUUAAAUGCGCCGUUCGACGACCCCUACACCUCCACCGAGUCUCUACGGCGCUACACCCUGCAAGACCCUGGUGUAACCAUCUUUCCCGAUGGACCCUACCAGGAUCCUGCCGUCUCGUCGGGGCUCAGCCACCGGUCGGGCGUGCAGUCUCCCAUGUCGGAGACUCCAUCGGAGGCCUGGCAGCAACGACAGGCACCUGCUGCGGGUCUGCGCCGCUAUGCGACCCGAAAGAUUAAGCUGGUGCAAGGCUCCGUGCUGAGUGUGGAUUACCCGGUUCCCAGUGCCAUCCAAAACGCCAUCCAGCGAGAGUACCGCGAAUCGGAAGAGGGAUUUCCAGAAGAAUUUUCCCACCUGCGCUAUACGGCCGCCACUUGUGAUCCCGACGAAUUCACCCUGCGGAACGGAUACAAUCUUCGUCCAGCCAUGUACAACCGACACACCGAGUUGCUGAUUGCGAUCACCUACUACAACGAAGACAAGGUCCUCACAGCCCGAACCAUGCACGGUAUUAUGCAGAACAUCCGGGACAUUGUGAAUUUGAAGAGAUCAGAGUUCUGGAACAAGGGUGGCCCGGCCUGGCAGAAGAUUGUGUGUACCUUGGUAUUCGAUGGUAUCGAUCCUUGCGACAAGAAUACCCUGGAUAUGCUGGCCACAAUCGGUAUCUACCAGGACGGUAUCAUGAAGCGGUCCGUUGAUGGUAGAGAAACUGUUGCGCACAUCUUCGAGUACACUACGCAGCUCUCCGUUACAGCCAGCCAGCAGUUGAUUCGGCCUCAAGGGGAUGAGUCGACCAACCUCCCGCCAGUACAGAUGAUUUUUUGCCUCAAGCAGAAGAACAGCAAGAAGAUCAACUCCCACCGCUGGCUAUUUAACGGCUUUUGCCGUAUUUUGAACCCCGAAGUGGUUAUUCUAAUUGAUGCUGGUACAAAACCGGGCAAGAAGUCUUUGCUCGCUCUAUGGGAGUCGUUCUAUAAUGACAAAAACCUCGGUGGAUCCUGUGGUGAGAUCCACGCCAUGCUGGGAAAAGGUUGGAAGAACCUAUUGAACCCUCUUGUUGCCGCGCAAAAUUUCGAGUAUAAGAUCUCGAAUAUUCUCGAUAAGCCCCUUGAGUCUGCCUUUGGAUACGUGAGUGUGUUGCCGGGUGCCUUCUCGGCCUACCGUUACCGGGCUAUCAUGGGUCGGCCUCUUGAACAGUACUUCCACGGUGACCAUACGCUCUCGAAACAACUCGGAAAGAAGGGUAUUGAGGGUAUGAACAUCUUCAAGAAGAACAUGUUCCUCGCCGAGGAUCGUAUUCUUUGCUUCGAACUGGUGGCCAAGGCUGGUUUCAAGUGGCAUCUGACCUAUGUCAAAGCCUCUAAGGGUGAGACCGAUGUUCCAGAGGGCGCUGCCGAAUUCAUCGGCCAGCGACGUCGCUGGCUGAACGGUUCAUUUGCCGCCAGUUUGUAUGCCAUGAUGCAUUUCGGCCGAAUCUACAAGAGUGGACAUAACAUCAUUCGACUCUUCUUCCUUCACAUACAGAUGGUUUACAACUUUGCGGGUCUUGUUAUGACUUGGUUCUCUCUUGCUUCUUUCUGGUUGACUACUUCGGUUAUCAUGGAUCUUGUCGGAACUCCGAGUGGUGCCAACAAGUUUAAGGGCUGGCCCUUUGGUGAUCAUGCUACGCCGAUUGUGAACAACUUCCUGAAAUACGGCUAUGUGUUCUUCCUGAUGCUGCAGUUCAUUCUGGCUCUGGGUAACCGACCUAAAGGUUCUCGCCUGGCCUAUACCCUCUCUUUUAUUUACUUUAGCAUUGUGCAGUGUUACAUUCUGGUCUGUUCAUUCUACCUGGUCAAAAAUGCCUUUAGUGGAGGAACCUUGGAUUUCAAUAUGCACCAAGGCAUUGGCCAGUUUAUGUCAUCAUUCUUCAGCUCCAAUGGUGCUGGUAUCGUCUUGAUUGCCUUGGUGUCUACCUACGGUAUCUAUUUCCUUGCCAGUUUCCUGUACAUGGAUCCGUGGCAUAUGUUCACAUCCUCUUGGGCCUACUUUGGCGGCAUGACGUGCUCGAUCAACAUUUUGAUGGUGUAUGCAUUCUGCAACUGGCAUGACGUUUCCUGGGGUACCAAGGGAUCAGACAAGAGUGAGGCACUGCCAGAGGCUCAGACCAAGAAGGACGAUGCCAAGUCCAACUUUAUUGAGGAAGUGGACAAACCGCAAGCCGAUAUCGACAGUCAAUUUGAGGCGACUGUCAAGCGUGCGCUGGCGCCGUACGUGGAACCGGAUGAGAAGGAGGAGAAGAGCAUGGACGACUCCUAUAAGGCCUUCCGGACUAAUCUGGUGCUGCUGUGGAUUUUCAGCAACCUGAUUCUCGUGCUGUGCAUCACCAGCGAGGGCGUCAACCGGUUCUGUUUGACGAACACGUCGACCCUCCGGACAUCCCACUACUUCUCGGCCAUUCUGUGGACAACGGCCGGCUUGUGCGUCUUCCGUUUUAUGGGCUCGCUCUACUUCUUGGGCAAGUCCGGUAUCCUGUGCUGCGUGUCCCGACGCUAA